CCAUAUAAUGGAUGCACUUAAAAAAGCCGUGUUAACUAAUUGAAAUUUCAAGACCAAACCAUAAGUCAUGAGCGGGAUAAGAGUUCAUAACGAUUUCCAAAUUUGCAAAAUCUCUCUCCCUCGUAUUCUUUUCCGCAAAGCAACUACAACUCUCUCUCAUCAAUGGCUUUUUGUUAUCGUUGGUGGCAUGCACCAAUCUACUUCACCAUCUCAGUAGUCUUGGCAUUCAUAGCCAUCUCCACUGCCCUGAAUUCUCCAUCCAGCUACGACACAACACCACCAACCAGACCCAUCAGCCACCAUCUCUCACUCAACGCAUCAAUCGCUUUAAGGAGAUCUGGUUUCAAUAUCAUGUCUACCCUUCUCCUAAUCUCCCCUGAAAUAUUCCUUUUAUCUCCCAGCUCCACCAUCUUUGCCAUCAAAGACUCUUCCCUCGUCAAUGCUUCCCUUCCUCCAUGGUUCUUGAAACAUCUUCUCCAAUACCAUACCUCCCCAUUGAUUUUUACAAUGGAUGAUCUGUUAAAGAAACCUCAGGGUAGCUGCUUCCCUACCCUUCUUCGUCCAAAGAAUGUUGCUGUUACAAAGGUUGGGGCAAAAGAAAGACUGGUAGAGAUCAAUCAUGUCUUGGUUUCACACCCUGACAUAUUUAUUGAAGGAAAUGUUGCAAUUCAUGGCGUUCUUGGACCUUUUUCCUCACUGGGUUCUCAAGAUUUUGGCAAGAACUGGGAUUCUAUUCGAGCUCCAAUUUGUGAUGCCAAUUCUAGUUUAGUUUUGGAUGUCAGCGACACCAAGAACCUGGUUGAAUGGACCAGAAUAGUCCGUUUGCUAAGCUCUAACGGUUUUGUGUCUUUUGCAAUUGGAUUGAACUCUGUUCUUGCUGGGAUUCUUGAAGAUUACAGGGGCUUGAAUUCUGUAACAAUCUUUGCUCCUCCAGAAUUAGCGUUUGUAGCAUCUCCCUCGCCAAUGCUUGACAAGAUUGUGAGGCUUCACAUUCUGCCUCAAAGGGUUACGUUUUCACAACUUGCAUUAUUGCCUGGUAAAACAAUGUUAAGGACACUGCUUCCUAAUCAAGAACUUGAGAUAACUGGAGAUUUCAAUAUCACAAAAGUAUUAGCCAUUAAUGGCGUGGAGAUUGCAGUACCGGAAAUCUUAUCAUCAAAGAAGUUCAUGGUUCAUGGGAUUUCUCAGGCUUUUAAGGUGGCUGAGCUUCCCACUACGUCAAGAUAGUAGCUUCCAGUUCAGAGAAAUAAAUGUUAUACCUGAAUAUUGUAUGUUGCACAAGAUAGCACUAGUCUCAUUGUUGUUCCACUGCCUAGGUGUAAUACAGAAAGGAAGCUUUAAAAACGAAGUUGGCUCUAGUUGAUUGAACCGAUUGAUGGUUUCAAUAGUAGUUAGCAGAAUUCUUACAGGUAAUUUAGCUGCUGACUCUAAUGCAUUAUGGUUCAGAUUCAGCUCGAUUCUAAUUCAAUAAAUUUAGCUUAUAAGA